AUGACUCUCUGCCUGAAUCGCCUCCAAGAGGAGCGGUAUGUGAUGUCUUCCAGCAUGACACGGUGUUUUCUCAGGGUUAUCCGGAAUAAUGCGCUAAUCUCUGUGUCACAUAGGAAGCAGUGGCGACGCGACCACCCCUUCGGUUUUGUCGCAAAGCCCCAGCGAACCAGCCAAGGCACCCUGGACCUGAAGCGCUGGGAGUGCGCCAUCCCCGGAAAGAAGGAUACCCUUUGGGAAGGAUGUGUGCUCAAGCUGGAUCUUAUCUUCCCGGACGGCAAAUUCACUCCUCCACUAUUCCAUCCUAAUGUCUACCCAUCCGGCACUGUCUGCCUCUCAAUUUUGAACGAGGAAGAGGCAUGGAGACCUGCGAUCACCAUCAAGCAGCUUCUACUUGGUAUUCAGGAUCUGUUGAAUGACCCGAAUCCGGAGUCUCCGGCCCAAGCCGACGCCUACAAUCUGUUCAAGAAGGAUCGGCCAGCAUACGAGAGACGUGUUCGACAGGUUGUUAAGGAGAACCCACCGAUGUAA